UGGAGGUCACCACAGAAAACAUGGCGGCCACCCGGAAAGUCGCCGUGGUGCUGAAGGCUGUGAAGAAUAUAACCAUCCAGUUUUGUCCGUUUGAGUCAAAUGUCCGGUCCACACGGGAGUUCCUGGCCAUGGUGGGCUCAGAGAAGGCCAGAUCCACUAACAUGAACUGUGAGGUGAUGACCACAGUGAAACAUGACAAGUCUGAACCUGUAGUGGAUAUUACUUAUGCAGAUGGAGAGAAGCUGGUGAUGAAGGGAGCAAAACUGACGAGCUCUGAGAUGCUGGGUGCAUUUCAGGCCCGUUGCAUCGCCAAGGACCCGCAGGCAAAAGCUGCAGCGAAAAAAUGAUCUCUGCUAGCUGAAUAUAUCUGUAUUUAUCUGUGUAUAUUAUUGGAUGUUUUAUAAUAAAAGUAUUUCAUUUGAA